GUCCUUUGGGGCACUGCCGGGGGGAGGGCAGAGGGGGAGGGAGGCGAAGCCAGGGGCGUCCUGAUUGAUAGCGGUCGCCGCCAGUGGGUGGAGGGGACGGCGAGGCCUCAGCCAAUAGUUUCGCCCCAAGGCGAGCAGUGAGUCAAUGGUGGGGCUGGGGGGCGGGGCGCGCCGCUGGCUGAUUGAUCCCAGCUUUGGCGUUGUUCAGUCAGAGCGAGAACAUUCUAGAGAUUGCCCGGCAUUGCUGUCCCUGCUGAUACCGCCCGCCUCAGGACGCCGGGACCCGGAGGCUGCGGCGUCCGCCUCCGCCUCCCUCUUCGUCUGGAUAUAAGCGCCCCAACGGCCUCGUUCUCCUCGCACACUCGGCUUCGUCGCAGCCCGGGGCGAGCAGCGUUGGGUUUAUGUCUUUAUUGGACGAAAACGAGCUGUUGCGCAGCCACUGGUACCUGUAUUGGGGAAACAUAGCAUACAAGCAAGAACCUUACAGCCUCAGUGGCGAAAAUUUUUUCAUGUCAGAGACCGAGAACUCUUGCAGUCGUUUAUGUCAUCCCGUCUUCUCCAGACAGAAGAUACCAAAAAACUGCAAUCAAAGAUCUCUUCAUCUUAUUGAUAAAGCUACUAAUAAGGCAAAAUGUCUGUCAACGUCAACCGCAGUGUUUCAGAUCAGUUCUAUCGCUACAAAAUGCCCCGUCUGAUUGCCAAGGUGGAGGGCAAAGGAAAUGGAAUAAAGACUGUUAUAGUCAACAUGGUUGACGUUGCAAAGGCGCUUAAUCGGCCUCCAACGUAUCCUACCAAAUUUUUUGGUUGUGAGCUGGGAGCACAGACCCAGUUUGAUGUUAAGAAUGACCGUUACAUUGUCAAUGGAUCUCAUGAGGCGAAUAAGCUGCAAGACAUGUUGGAUGGAUUCAUAAAAAAAUUUGUUCUCUGUCCUGAGUGUGAGAAUCCUGAAACUGAUCUGCAUGUCAAUCCUAAGAAACAAACUAUAGGUAACUCUUGCAAAGCCUGUGGCUAUCGAGGCAUGCUUGACACAAACCAUAAACUCUGCACGUUCAUUCUCAAAAACCCACCUGAAAGUGGCGACACUGGUACAGGAAAGAAAGAAAAGGAGAAGAAGAAUAGAAAAGGCAAGGAUAAAGAAAAUGGCUCUGUGUCCAGCAAUGAGACGCUUCCACCACCACCACCAGAGGAGAUAACUCCUCCACAGGUUGUGGAGGAGGAGGAUGAUGAUGACUGGGGUGAAGACACAACAGAAGAAGCCCAGAGGCGUAGAAUGGAUGAAAUCAGUGACCAUGCAAAGAACCUCACACUUAGUGAAGACCUGGAAAGAACAGUGGAGGAAAGAGUCAACAUACUGUUCGAUUUUGUGAAGAAAAAGAAGGAAGAAGGUGUCAUUGAUACUUCUGACAAAGACAUUGUAGCAGAAGCAGAGAGACUGGAUGUGAAGGCCAUGGGCCCGCUGGUUCUCACUGAAGUCCUUUUUGACGAAAAGAUUCGGGAACAGAUAAGGAAAUACAGGCGUCACUUCCUUCGUUUCUGCCACAACAACAAGAAAGCUCAGAGGUACCUUCUCCAUGGCUUUGAGUGUGUGGUAGCCAUGCAUCAGGCUCAGCUUAUUUCUAAAAUACCACAUAUUUUGAAGGAAAUGUAUGAUGCAGAUCUUCUGGAAGAAGAAGUCAUCCUUGGCUGGGCAGAAAAGGCCUCAAAGAAAUAUGUUGCAAAGGAGCUUGCCAAAGAAAUCCGUGUCAAAGCAGAACCAUUUAUUAAAUGGCUAAAGGAAGCUGAAGAAGAAUCUUCCGGUAAUGAAGAAGAGGAUGAAGAUGAAAACAUAGAGGUGGUGUACUCUACAACUGCCAGUGUACCUAAAGUUGAAACUGUGAAGCCUGCAAACAAUAAAGAUGACGAUAUUGAUAUUGAUGCCAUUUGAAGUGAUGCAGCAUAGCUUCCAGCAUAGUAAUGCAAACUUCUCUGCGUUUUCUGCCAGAAGUGUGACUUGUAUGUUCACAAGCUGAAAUGGCUUAACAUCCUGCUACUCUUUGUACUCUAAAAUGUAUCUUUUUACUGUGACUGGUCAUGUGUAACUAAGCCUAAUACCAAGGAGUCAGCACGUCAGUGGACUGAUCUAGUUUGCAACUGGCAUGUUCUAUUUUGUUUUUCUAACUUGUGUUGGACACAUACUUGGAGCACAUUUAUACCGUUGUGGAAAUAAAGGAUUUGGUUUUGGUCAAUCUUCA